AGUACACGUGCUAAAAUAUUUGUUUUGUAUUUGUAAUCAGUUGCUAAUUAUCUUCUAGUACAUGAAACAGAAACCUCAUUUAUUUAAUAACGAUGCAACCAAAUAAGCUGAAGAUUAUAAUGAUUGGACCGUCAGAGAGUGGAAAAUCAAAAAUAGCCAACUUUAUAUCUGAUUCAAUCAACAUUGAAGAAGUUGAAGUUCCUCGACCUACCCAAGGAGUACGGAUAGUGGAAUUUGAACUUCCUAAUCUGAAUGUAAACGGGAAACCUACGAGUACUGAUAUAGAACUAUGGGAUUGCAGCGGUGACCACAGAUUUGAAUCAUGCUGGCCAGCACUGAGACUUGGGGUUCAGGGAGUGAUCCUGGUGUGUGCCCCUAAUACUGCGCAAGUAGCAGCUAGAGAAAUGGAACUUCUAUAUAACUACUUCGUCUCACAACCCAAGCUGUCAGCCAAACAGUGCGUUUUGUUUUACAACUGCACUGAUGAUCAAGAAGAUAUGGAUUCUUUGAAUCUUUCCCCUACAUUUUCGAAGGUCUCUCAAGUGGCAAUUAAUUUAAAAACUGGUGGCAGCCGUUUAAAAAUAGAUUUCGCCAGCUUCAUUACCUCAGUUCUACAAAUGAUAAAUAAAGACAGUUCUUAGAUUUAUCUCA